CACUUCCUUUCCCAAAACACCCCCACUCUUUCUGGAGGGAAAUAAACAAUGAAUAAAUGUACACUCAUUCCACAGCUCACUAGAAGCAUGCAACACAAGUUAUACUGGUAGACCCAUAAAUUUUUCACCGCUGUUUCUCUCUUUAAUCCUCAUCCUUCCUCCCUCCCAGAUAAAUUCUCUGUAAUAUAUAUAAGGAGGCUGCUAUGUAUAUAAUGGUUAAAUUUCUCUUUUCUUGAGAAAAGACCGGAUGUACUAUUUCUAGUUAUGAUGAUAACAUAGCUGCAGAGCAGAAGGGGAGCAGAGAAGGUCGUGCAGGUUUUGUCUUUUUGAUUCAGCUCCAAUUUUCCAGCUUUCGUGACUUAAGCUUAUAUUCAAAUCCAAACAUUUGUGUCUGUUCUUGAUUUUCUGUUAAUUGGAUUCAAUUUGGGGUUUCUGUUUGAGGAAAGAUGAAUACUAGAAGCAGGACCAACCUGCAACCUAUGAAGGCCUCUAUGAAGCUUGAAAAAGAAAAAAUGGAACAACAAAGUAAUACGAGAAUAAUGCACUCGGAGAAAACGCCUAUCAAUCGGAGAAAAGCGAUCAGAGAGCGAAAGAUAGAAUUGUUACAAGAUGUAGAUAAGCUGAAAAAGAAACUGAGGCAUGAAGAAAAUGUUCACAGAGCUCUUGAGAGAGCGUUUACGAGACCUCUGGGAGCUCUCCCUCGUCUACCUUCUUAUCUUCCAUCCUCUACACUCGAGCUAUUAGCCGAAGUAGCUGUUUUGGAAGAAGAAGUUGUGCGGCUUGAAGAACAAGUUGUACAUUUCAGGAAGGGACUGUACAAUGAAGCAGUUUAUAUUUCAUCAUCUAUGAGGAAUGUGGAGAAUCCAGCUGAGCAAUGUGACUCAUACAUAACUCCCAAACCCAAGCAAACCAAGAUCUCACCACUAACUGAUGAUUGUAUAGUGAAAGAAGAUCAACCAUGCAUUGCUACCAAACAUAUCCUGAAAUCACCAAAUGUAAAAAAUCAAAGUGUGAGGACAUCGAGAAAGAGAUUUCCACCUAUUGAUAAUAGGCAAGUAGAAAAGGGGUCAGAUCCUCAAAAGUUAUCGCAACAGAGUAAAAUAGAAGACAAGACUUCAGGAGAUGAUUGCCCAAACAAAAUAUCUGAGAGUAUUUUAAAAUGCUUAUUGAGCAUUUUCUUCCGGAUGAGCUCAAAAAAGACAAGGAGUUCAAUGGACACAAUAUCUUCACUUUCAACAAUGACAACAAUUUCUGAUGUUUCAAUGACUACACGGUUUACAGACCCAUAUGGUAUCCGUUUAAAGUUCGGAAAACGUGAUAUCGGCCCAUAUAAGCAUUUAUUCGCAGUCGAGGCUCCUUCUUUCAAUCCAAACCGAUCAACUCUUUCUGUGUUUUUAGUUCGCAGAUUGAAACUUCUGUUUGACAAGCUUGAGUUGGUACAACUCAAAAGUCUCACGCACCAGGAGAAGCUCGCCUUCUGGAUAAAUAUCUAUAAUUCAUGCAUGAUGAAUGCUUUUCUAGAAAAUGGAAUGCCGGAUAGUCCUGAAAUGGUUGUAGAAUUGAUGCAAAAGGCAACGAUCAAUGUUGGGGGCCAUUUGCUUAAUGCUAUAACCAUUGAGCAUUUCAUUUUGAGAUUGCCUUAUCACUCAAAAUUUACCUUUGACAAGAGUCUGAAAAACGACGAGAUGAUAGCACGCAGUAUGUUUGGACUGGAGUUCUCUGAACCACUUGUAACCUUUGCCCUCUCUUGUGGAAGUUGGUCAUCACCUGCUGUGAGAGUAUAUACCGCUCUCGGAAUUGAAACGGAGCUAGAAGUUGCAAAAAGAGAGUAUUUGCAGGCAGCGGUCGGGAUUUCAAGAUCAAAGAAGUUAGUCGCCAUUCCAAAGAUGUUAGAUUGGUAUCUUUUAGAUUUUGCCAAGGAUUUGGAGUCAUUGCUUGAUUGGAUAUGCCUUCAAUUACCAAGUGAACUUAGAAAAGAAGCAAUGGGCUGCCUUGAGAGAGGACACAAUGAGCCAUUGUCCCAGUUUCUCCAUAUUAUACCAUAUGAGUUUAGAUUCAGGUAUCUUUUGUGCAUCUAAGUUUUGGUUUUUGAUUAUUUUUCAAUUUAUUAGUUUAUUAACCAUCUCCUCUAUAGCUGAAUGGUUUUUGAGUAACAGGUUGAAAUAGAGAGCACUACAUAUAUAUACAGUUUGAAAGUGUACAUUGUGAUAAUAAGGUUUUUGGCUAGAAUAAGAUUUUCCUUCCCAACUACAAGGUUGGUAUGCUUUUGCAUUAUUAUAAUUCUAGUAAUAAUAAUAAUAAUAAUAAUAAUAAUAAUAAUAAUAAUAAUAAACGGCUUUGGCAUUGUUAUAUUGGUUUUGGUAAAGAUUAUACGAUCACGAUUUUGUCCCAUACUUGAUAGAAGUAUUUGAUGAAGUGAGUGAAUGAAGUCUUGUAAAGAUUGUGACAAAAAAAAUUGUGACAUGUUUGGUAAACGGUAUUUUGUUGAGUUAUUAAGAAACGUGAAAAUGUGGUUAAAAUUAUUUUUGUCUAAAGUUUCUUGUUACGAUUAUUUGGUUAUUGUGUUUGUGAAGAUUAAGGCUAUCCUCAUUCGUAGUACUCCGUUUAUGUUACGUUGCAUUCUAUGGAAUUGGCCCAGAAACAGCAAAAGGCCUACAUACAGUAAAAAGGAUUAGAAAAGCUGGUGGCACAGAAAUGUUUAAUUGUACAUUAUUUUUUCGAAGUACACAUAUAUUAUUACUUUAUUAUAAUUGUAAUAGCAAUAUAUGACAGCAAAGCAGGACUGAAUAGUGAUGGUACUAAGUACUUUACCUAAUUCAUGGUCCCGUACGUGGUCCUACAUUUUUCAUACAUUCGGACAAACAAUUAUGAUAAUUAUGUGCCCUUGAGACAGACGAGUAUACGAAAGGUGUACACCAAAAUGUGUAUACCAAAUAUAUUUUUUUUCAUGAAAAAGAAUUUAAUUCUGCGGGAUAGAAAUAAGUAAAUUACAAUUAUGGCAUGCAAUUAGAUGUUAGCAAGCUGUUGAUGUUGAGUGACACAAAGCUUCGCACCACAAAAGGGAGGCUCGAUUGCCCGCACGAGUAGCUCAGUUAGUUGAGUGGUGGGAGAUUUUGAUCAAUGGACCAAGGUUCGAAUCCCUGCAGCGACCGGGUGGAGAUCACAGAACCUGAAAUAAGGCUGGGUCUCUGGUGCGCACGGGUGUAUGGGUCUACUGUCAUUCUGCAGACUGAGUCAUCGUGACUAACCUCUCCAUCAUCCUGUCGGGUCGGGGCGUGGGACUCCUGGUAUGGGAGAUUCCACCUUUUUAGAUCAACAAAAGGGAGGCUACUGCAUCAUUGACUAAAGUUCUCAGUAUUUGAUUAUACACUUUUACUUUAUCUACAAGAGUCUAGUCAAGUUGGUAUUGCACAGUUCAAUAGAAAGUGAGAUGUCAACAACUUCGCAAUUAGGUUUAUAAUUAAUUACGGAGUACUACGUAAAACUUAUUCUUAGUUUAUUAAGAAUAUUCUCAUUACAAAACAAUCACUCCGUUAACUUUGUAAACAUGGUAAAAUGGGUAAAAUUCCAAUUGUAUUGUUCUCAGCAUGAGAUCACACUUAGGGGUCGUUUGUUAAAGUGUGACGUAAUCAUUUUAUAUGCAAAGUGUAUGGAUGUAAACAAUUUACAACGUUUUGUAUGAUUAUUUAAUGUAAACUGUAGG